GUGUUUUAAGAGCCUCUGGCUCUUGAACGCAGCAUUGAUUCAACCGGUUGCUACAUGAACUUUGGCCCAAUAUAAACCCCUGCCCCGGAUUCAGACACCACACUACAUAUUUUAAUUACACAAAAGAUGGCUGCCCCUCCUGUUGUCAUAUGGGAACAUGAAGUGGCGCGGCUGCUGCAAUUCAGAGACCUGAUCCCGCGACUGGAAGAGGCUUUGGGGAAGUUCUCCAAACGGGACAGCGCGGAGGUGAUCCAGCCUGUGCGCACCACUGUGCCUCUGCAGAAACAUAAUGGUUUCCUGGGUUUGAUGCCGACGUACAUGGAGAUUGACGGAGUCCUAAGCACAAAGUUCGUGUGUUUUUACAAGAGGGAAGAAGGUUCAAAUUUGCCAUCCACGCAAGCCACUGUGGUGCUGCUGGACCCUGAGUAUGGGAAUGUUAAGGCUGUCAUGGAUGGAGGAGCCAUCACAGACAUGAGGACAGCUGCAGCCUCGGCCAUCUCUGCUAAGCUGCUGAUGCGCCCUGACGCAGAGGUUUUGGCUAUCUUAGGGACCGGCAAACAGGCCUUGAGUCAUUACAAUGUCUUCACAGAAAUAUUUUCAUUCAAAGAGGUGCGCGUGUGGAGCCGCACAAGGGAGUCCGCAGAGAGAUUUUGCAAAUCUGUCAGUGGUCCAGUGAAACCAUUUGUCUCAGUGGAGGAGGCUGUGAGGGGAGCAGAUGCUAUAGUGACAGUAACAAGAUCCAUAGAGCCAGUGCUGUUUGGUCAGUGGGUCAAACCAGGAGCACAUGUAGCAGCCGUGGGAGCUUGCAGGCCAAACUGGCGGGAGCUGGAUGACGUGAUGAUGAAGGAGGCUGUGGUGUACGCUGACAGCAGGGAGGGAGCACUGACUGAGUCUGGUGACGUCAUCCUUUCAGGGGCCGAGGUCUUUGCAGAGAUUGGAGAUGUUAUAAAUGGGACAAAACCUGCACACAGAGAGAAGACCACUGUAUUCAAAUCCCUUGGAAUGGGAGUUGAAGAUGCAGUGUCUGCUAAGCUGGUGUUUGACCAGUGGAGCGCCCAAGACAGAAAACUAUGAAGUGCAUAUGUAUUCUGACCGUGCCUUAAACCGCCUGCACUGCACACAAUUUAAGACAACACAAAAGAUUUAAAGAUUACAAGUUAACUGGGGUUAAGGUAAAAUAAGAAAAAUCAAGACAGAAUUUUCAAACCCAACUUUUUGUAUAAUAUUUUCCUUGCCACCAUUCCAUUACCAGUUAAAUUUGCUGUAAACAUAUACAUCAGAUGUAAACUUAGUUCUCUAAAACUGUGCUCAAUUAAUACAUUUUUUAUGUGAUUUUAAGCAGUUUAUCAUCAUCAUUUCAAAUGCAGAGUUUUAUUAGCUGUACUAGUUGAACUUCCUCUGUCUUUAUGUAUGAAAAAAGCAAGAACAAAUUUCAAUUUCCUUACAAUGCAUCUAUACUAAUACAUUUUUUGUACUUUUGGUCACCUGUCUGCUAGCAUGCUAACAAUAAGUGUUGGUCUGCUCAGGCGAUUCAUUUCAGGCGAUUCAUUUCAGGCAAAUCACAAUGCAUAGUUGCCAUGUUUCAUGUCUUCAGUUUGGUUUGUUCACACGAAAACUGUGUCUAGCAGCUUAGCUCAAUUGAAAAGUUUAAUAUACUAUACUUGUGUAGCGUUUUCUCAUGGCUUCUGGACUCCCAAAGCAGCUUUACACUCAGUGGUGAACAGGAACAGAGUAAAUUUACUCGAGUACUGUACUUAAGUACAUUUUUUGAGGAUCUGUAAUUUACGUGAGUAUUAUUUUUUAGGGGAACUUAUUACUUUUACUCCACUACAUUCAGAAGACAAUUAUUGUACUUUUUACUUCACUACAUUUCUAUCAGUGCUCUAGUUACUCACUACUUUAGCUUUGAAGUCAGCUCAUGAAUUUCGUUCUCUUUCUGAAAUCUGAUCCCUAAGACAGUAAAAUGUGUUUGUGUAGUUCUGUUUGUCUCAGUGGUUUAGUCAUACGUGUAUACCGUGCAUCUCCACGGUUGAACGUGGAGCAAACACGGAACAAAUUUCACUCUGAUCAGGCAGUUCAUUUAGAGGUGGUAAUGAUGGCUAUUAUUCUCCACCUGAGCACCCAUGGCGAUCUCUUCAGCCCGUGUUCCAGAUGAACAUUCAAACUCAGUUGUCUGUGUUUGGAAUAACUUAGUUUCUGUUUUUAUUCCAUGGUAUAGUUUUUAGAGAUUUCAAGUAAUGGUUUCUAAAUAAACAUGAUGUAACAG